CUCAAACUCUCCUCCCUCUCUGUCGCCCCGCACACCCUCUCUAUCUUGCUGCUCCUCUCCGUCCCACAGACAACCCCGUUCUGCUCGCCUCCAGGGCCACCAUGGAUGGGGAUGACAUCAGGCACGCCGCCGUCUCCAGCCCGGAGCAUCUCUCCUCCCUCCCCUUUGCCGCCAACGGGACCCCGGGCAAGAAGAGGAGAAAAGCUGACCUGAAACCCAUCAUCACAAACGACCCUCCCUCUGCCGCCGCCGCCGCCAACCCAUCCUCCACCUCGAUCAACAUGACCUCCUCGCAAUCUAGCAACCCUCUCGCGUCCGCACAGUAUCCCGUCUCCACCACUUACGCCUCCCCCCUCUCGCGCUCCCCGUCCUCUUCCUCCUCCGCAGAAGACCUCGCCGAAACCGCCGCUGAUGAGGAGGACUCCGAGGAUUACUGCAAGGGCGGCUACCACCCCGUCCAGGUCGGUGAGACCUACAACAACGGCCGCUACGUCGUCAUCCGAAAGCUCGGCUGGGGCCACUUCUCCACCGUCUGGCUGUCGCGAGAUACCACGACCGGCAAGCACGUCGCCUUGAAGGUCGUGCGCUCCGCCGCCCAUUACACUGAGACCGCCAUCGAUGAGAUCAAGCUCCUCAAGAGAAUUGUCGAUGCCAGGCCCGACCACCCCGGUCGCAAACACGUCGUCAGCCUGUUAGAUUCCUUCGAGCACAGAGGUCCGAACGGCGUCCACGUCUGCAUGGUCUUUGAGGUCCUCGGUGAGAAUCUGCUUGGUCUGAUCAAGCGCUGGAAUCAUCGCGGCAUCCCAAUGCCUCUGGUCAAGCAGAUCACAAAGCAGGUCUUGCUGGGUCUGGACUAUCUGCACCGUGAAUGUGGCAUCAUCCACACUGAUCUGAAGCCUGAAAACGUCUUGAUCGAGAUCGGCGAUGUCGAGCAUAUCGUCAAAACUUACGUCAAGGAAGAGGAGGCGCAGAAGGAGAAAGAUAAUCACCGCAACGGCCGCAGGAGGAGACGGACCCUCAUCACAGGCAGUCAGCCCCUUCCCAGUCCCCUCAACACCAGCUUCAGCGCCGCCGACCCGUUUAAAGCACAUACCCCAACCCUCAGCUCCCAUAGCAGCCUAAAUCAAGUAUUACAGGAGCCUACAGCCACUCCCUCAGGCGUUUCUAUGAAAGAUCGACUUGGCAUCAAGGACGCGGAAAAGAUCGCUGAUGAGAAACAGAAGCAAAGAGAGAAGACAACUGACAUCCUGGAGCGUGAAGUCUCAGGAAUUACCCUAGAGACGGGCUCCACGCCGGAAGUAGAUGACCCACAAGUCGACUUGAUCUCCGUUAAGAUCGCCGAUCUGGGAAAUGCUUGCUGGGUCGGACACCAUUUCACGAAUGACAUUCAAACGCGGCAGUACCGGUCACCAGAAGUCAUUCUCGGUGCGAAAUGGGGUGCUAGCACGGACGUAUGGAGCAUGGCGGCAAUGGUCUUCGAACUUAUCACAGGAGAUUACCUCUUUGACCCUCAAUCGGGUACAAAGUACGGAAAAGACGAUGACCACAUCGCCCAGAUCAUCGAACUCCUCGGUUCAUUCCCCAAAUCCAUGUGUUUAUCCGGCAAGUGGAGUCAAGAGAUUUUCAAUCGAAAAGGUGAACUUCGCCACAUCCAUCGGCUCCGUCACUGGGCUCUGCCCGACGUCCUUCGAGAAAAGUACCACUUCCCAGCUGAAGAGAGCAAAGCCAUCUCCGAUUUUCUCUUGCCAAUGCUAGAGUUGGUACCCGAUAGAAGGGCAAAUGCCGGCGGUAUGGCGAAUCACCCGUAUCUCAAGAGCACAAAGGGGAUGGACCACAUUCAAUUGAACGUUCCUGUUGGAAGUAGGGGUGAGGGUAUCGCCGGUUGGGCAUCAGAAGUUAAGAAGAGGUAGAACGAACCUAUUCAUGAUUUCUUUUGCUUCUAGCUGCGAAAUAAUCCCCAUGCUCCAGCCGCUUCACUCUGAUUCUUUUUUUUCCCCCUUUCAUGAACAGUUAUCACCCGCCUUCUCCCGAGGUAUCUCGACUAUCUUGCUCACUUCUCCUAGAACUGUCAUAGGGGUACUCUUCUGAGAAAGAGCAAUAAUAUUGCAGUGAUCCAAUUUCUAUUUUCUAUAUAUUGGAUUCAGCGUGCACUCAUUCUCUCUACGUGGCUUAUGCUCUCCUUUCUUUCCCUCCUCUCUUUUCCCUUGAAUUGCAUAUGUGUUCGGGUCGGCUUCCACUUGGUCGACCGCCCUCAGCCAUAUCACAUUGCGUGCAGCAGACGGUUUUAGAUAAAUAGAUUAGCUGUGGUUGAUUCAUGUCCGCCUUGGUGUUGGGGGUUUUCCGCGUUUGACGAUGCGAUGAAAUUAAGUGACAGAAAAAUGGCAUAUGAAAGUAUAGGAAUAGGAUUGGAUGGGGUUGGGAUGGUGUUAGGUUUGCACCAUUCUCCCGCACGGUUAUCUUUCGUCUCUCCAUCUAAAGAAGAUUUGACGAUUUGGAUGAUUACGAUGUAUUCAUGUCUCUCUCUCUCUCUCUCUUGAUUGCUUGCAAGUUUACCCAUAUCCCCGGUUCCCCUUCUCUAGUUGCGUUUCCUUGAUUCUCCUUCCUUUCGGUCUUGCAUGGUGGUUUUCUUCUUUUUCGCAUCUCAUUUUUGUACCGCGUAUAUUUUUGAUAUAACUAAAUGGCGAAGCGUGAGGCAGGAUGGUCGGAGUUGCCAUGUCGCUGUUUGUCGUAAGUUACAGUGCCGAUUUGAUGAAUUCUUUUCCUUUGGCUUUUUUUUUUUUUUUUUUUUUUUUUUUCACGACCGAUUUGUAUAAUUCAGAUCCAUGCCGUUUCCAGCUGCAUACACUGAUAUCUCACUU